AUGAAGCUCUCAAACCUUGCACUGCUUCUUAGUGCCACCGCUACUGUCUACUAUGCAGAAGCACAGUCCGUGGAAACUUGCAAACAGGGAGGAAGCGGCAUGGUAUCUACUGCCGAUCCUGCAGCCACCGAGGUUGGAUUUAAAAUCUUGGAGGACGGUGGCACGGCUGUCGAUGCCAUGGUCGCUGUUCAAGCUGUGCUGGGGUUGGUGGAGCCUCAGUCGUCGGGUCUUGGUGGUGGCUCGUUUGCCGUUUACUACGACGCAUCAACCAGCUCCAUUACUACUUUUGAUGGAAGAGAAACUGCGCCCAUGGCCGCAACCGAAGAUCGAUUUGCUACCUUUCCUCCUGGGCUCCAGGGAUUUGUCGGAGCUUGGCAAGGUGGUUUGUCAGUAGGGGUACCUGGUACCCCUCUUUUACUCGAAACCAUGCUCGAAAAAUAUGGCAGCAAAUCCAUGAGCGAGUUGUUUCAGCCAGCGAUUGAUCUUGCCACCAAUGGAUUCCUGAAGUUGCGACCAGCGACUUUUUUUCGCGACCCAAUGGCUUUCGAGUACAUGAUGAUCAAUGAAACCUGUCAAGUCAAGAGUCCGGGAACCAACUUGACGAAUCCAGAGUAUGCCGCCACUCUCGAAAAGAUUGCUACCAUGGGUGCAAAGGAAGGCUUUUACACUGGAGACAUGGCCGACGCCAUUGCUGCUGCUGUUCAAAACGACCUUGGUAUCCCUGGAGACAUGGUCGUGGCAGAUUUGGAAAGCUAUACAGUGAUUGAGCGAGAACCAGUGUGUGUCGACAUUGGCACCGAUUCGGUCUGCGGUAUGGGUCCUCCUUCAUCCGGUGGAUUGGCUGUUGGGCAAAUGAUGGCUCUGUUGGAACAAGUUCAAGACAAACUGGUCAAAUCCACCAUGGUGGAUGAUACUAAUGCCUCGGUUCUCGACCCGACCAAUGUCCAUUUGUUCACUCAAGCUGGCCGAUUGGCUUUUGCCGAUCGCAACAAAUUUGUUGGUGACCCUGACUUUACCAGCGUGCCGUCCGAAGGAAUGCUCAAUAAGGAAUAUCUUGCUGAUCGAGCAUUGUUGAUAAAUGCUACCAGUGAUAUGGGCACGGCCAUGCCCGGAGUUCCUCCUGGUUCAGCGGGUAUGCAAAUGGCUAUGGAUUCAUCUGUCAAGAAUACAGGAACCUAG